GUGGGCCCAGUGGUGUUUUCCACUCCUGAGCAAGCGUGGCCGGACCGCCUACCUGCUCAAGUGUGCGCCUUGCCCUACUCCACCGGGCCUGGCCCUACCAGGGCUUCUUGGAGAAAGAGCCCUCUCACCUGGCAGCCGGACCAAGGGAGCAAGCCUUAGGCACCAGCAGGGCUGCUGGGAAAUUACCACUUUGGGAUCCACGAGUUGGGCGGGCUAAAGCGGGAAGGAGACAAAAGUCUGGAGGUGUGUUCUGACCAUGGUCCUUACCUGGCUGUGGCUGCUUUGCCUCUCCGUCCCCCAGGCUCUCCCUGAGGCCCAGCCUGCAGAGCUAUACGUGGAAGUCCCGGAAAACUAUGGUGGAAAUUUUCCUUUGUACCUGACCAAGCUGCAGCUGCCCCGUGAGGAAGCUGAAGGCCAGAUUAUGCUGUCAGGAAACUCAGGCGUAGCAGCUGAGGGCCUCUUUGCUGUGGAUCCAGAGUCUGGCUUCUUGCUGGUAACAAGGGCCCUGGAUCGAGAGGAACAGGCAAACUACCGGCUACAGGUCACCCUGGAGACUGAGGAUGGACGUGUCAUAUGGGGCCCACAGCCUGUGCUUGUGCAUGUGAAGGAUGAGAAUGACCAGAGUGCAGGGAAUCAGGCCUGGGCCAGUCUUGAAGUAGGCUUAAUUGACUCCACGUGGCUCUCCUAUCCNCCUGUUCACCUGGCAGAGAAUCUCAAAGUUCCGUACCCACACCAUAUUGAGCAAGUGCACUGGAGUGGGGGGAAUGUACAUUACCACCUGGAGAGCCAGCCCCCUGGACCCUUUGCUGUGGACGCAGAGGGGAAUCUCUAUGUGACCAGGGAGCUGGACCGAGAAGCUCAGGCUGAGUACCUGCUCCAGGUGCGGGCUCAGAAUACCCGUGGGGAGGACUACACAGAACCUCUGGAGCUGCAGGUGGUGGUGAUGGAUGAGAAUGACAACGUGCCUGUUUGCCCCUCACAUGAGGCCUCAAUCAACAUCCCUGAGCUCACCCCUCCAGGUACUGAGGUGACCAGGCUGCUGGCAGAGGACAUGGAUGCCCCUGGCUCCCCCAAUUCUCACAUUGUGUAUCGGCUGCUGAGCCCUGAACCUGAGGAGGGGACAGAAGGGAGUGCCUUUGAGCUAGAUUCCACCUCGGGCAGUGUGACACUGGGACCUCUUCCCCUCCAUGCUGGCCAGAACAUCCUGAUUCAGGUGUUGGCCAUUGACCUAGGAGGAGCAGAGGGCGGCCUCAGCAGCACGUGUGAGGUUGCUGUCACCAUCACGGACAUCAAUGACCAUGCUCCCGAGUUCAUCACUUCCCAGAUUGAGCCCAUAAGCCUCCCUGAAGACACAGAGCCUGGGACUCUGGUGGCCACACUCAUGGCCACUGAUGCCGACCUUGAGCCUGCUUUCCGCCUCAUGGACUUUGCCAUUGAGGCAGGGAAUAUGGACGGGACCUUUGGCCUGGAUUGGGAGCCAGAUUCUGGUCAUGUCCAACUGCAGCUCCUCAGGAACCUCAGCUAUGAGGCAGCUCCAAUUCACAAGCUGUUGGUGGUGGUGCGGAGUGUGGCAGAACUGGUGGGGCCAGGCCCGGGCCCUGGAGCCACAGCCACGGUGACUCUGCUGGUGGAGAAGGUGGUGCCACCCCCCAAGUUGGACCAAAAGAGCUACGAAGCCAGUGUCCCAGUCAGCACUCCAGCCGGCUCCCUCCUGCUGACCAUUCAGCCCUCAGACCCCAUAAGCAGUGCCCUCAGGUUCUCCCUGGUCAAUGACUCAGAAGGCUGGCUCUGCAUCAAAGAGGUCUCUGGGGAGGUGCACACUGCCCGGUCUCUGCAGGGAGCCCGGCCUGGGGACAUGUACACAGUGCUCGUGGAGGCCCAGGAUGCAGAUGAGCCAACACGGAGUACCUCUGUGACACUUGUGAUCCACUUCCUGAAGGCCUCUUCUGCCCCAGCCCCAACUCUGACCCCUGUGCUUACUCGACACCUCUGCACACCCCGCCAGAACCACGGCGUGGUUGUCAGUGGACCCACUGAGGACCCUGACCAGACCAGUGGGCACAGCCCCUACAGCUUUGCCCUUGGUCCCAACCCUACGGUGCAGAGAGAUUGGCGCCUCCAUGCUCUCAAUGGUUCUCAUGCCUACCUCACCCUGGGCCUGCACUGGGUGGAGCCACGUGAACACGUAAUCCCUGUAGUUGUUAGCCACAAUGGCCGGAUGUGGCAGCUCCUGGUCCGAGUGAUUGUAUGCCGCUGCAACGUGGAGAGGCAGUGUAUGCGCAAGGUGGGCCGCAUGAAAGGCAUGCCCACGAAGCUGUCGGCGGUGGGCAUCCUCGUGGGCACCCUGGUAGCAAUAGGAAUCUUCCUCAUCCUCAUAUUCACCCACUUGACCCUGGCGAGGAAGAAGGACCUUGAUCAGCCAGUGGACAGCGUGCCCCUGAAGGCAGCGGUUUGAAUGGUCCAGGCAGCCCCAGCUGGGAGCUUGGCCUCUAGCUCCAUCUGAAUCCACUGGGAGAGGGCCCAGCACUACAGCUCCAUGGGGAGCAGGACAGAACAGAAGUCCCUUCACCUGUCCUGAGGUGGAGGCAACAUCACCAGGCAUAUCUGAACACUGACUUUAUGGGCUACUGCAGGAGUGCUCCAAGCGGGGGAUGUUUGUCCAAUAAUAAAGCCUUGGAGAGCUGGA